AGUUUGUAAACAAACUUCUCUUACGUGUCAUAUUUUUAUAAAAAUAUUUAUACCCAUCACUAAUUACUAUUGUCACAAUAAUUAAUAAUAAAUUUAAUUACAUCGUCUACUAAUUAAUUAUUUCUAUUAAAUAAUAAAAAAUAAAAUCGCGCGCUUUUUUAAAAUUCAUGAGCGCGACAAAAAAAUAAAGAACCGUCAGUUAAACAAAAACGACAGUAUUUUAUUAUUAUUGUUAUCAUUUAUUAAUUAAUUAACUAAUUAAUUAAUUAAUUAACUGAUAUAUUAAUAUAAUAAUAAUAAUUACGUUAUUUCAGUUAUUAAUUAAUGAAACAGUAAAAUAAAAAUAUCUAAAGUUUUAAUUUCGUAGUCUAACCUAAAAAAGUGUUUGUAAAAAAAAUAUAUAAAAUAAAUAUGACAAUAUGAGUGUCAAUGAAUCAAUCAACAAAAAUAAUUCAUCAGUGAUGUUAGAUAAUUUCAAAAAUAAUAAUGUCUACCACGCGGUAUUCGUCAACGAAAAGCCAACGACACCCGAAACUGAAGAUCCAGAUAAACUGCAUGUUUAUACAGAAAAAUUAGACGCAUUGAAAGUCAUAAAAAAAUACAAGACCAGUAGACUGAAGUCAUUCAGCAGCAGAGAAGAAGCUGAGAAUUACGCAAAGUAUGGAGACAUUGAUAUCAAACAAGUCAAUGGCGCGAAUGGUGAUGAGAAAAUUAGCGAAUGUAAAAGUGUUGAGGAAAAAGGGCCAGCAUUCAAAAGUCUCAAGCCUCAGGAACUUGUGGUCUUCAGGAAACUCAUCGAGACUGGAGAUCUGGAAGGUGUCAGAAAAGCCAUCUGGGAAAACCCGAGAUAUUUGAUCGGUGUCAGCGCGACACCAACAAUUUUACAGGAAGGGCCGCGUUACAAUGCACUCCAUGUAGCGACAUCUAAAAGUACCGAUGCCUUUAAUAUGUGCAAAUUAAUCCUGGAUGUCGUCAGUGAUCGAAACUUUAUAGAAUUAAUUGACGGCAUUGAAGAAUCCGCGUCUUACGUCAACAAAAGUAAAGUAUUUAUCGACGCGUUCUUGAAUACGCCAAAUAAAGGCAUCAAUGAAACCCCGCUACACUUCGCUGCUAAAUACGGCCUCAAAGAUGUCGUAGCUCUUUUAGUUUCUUAUCCCCAGUGUUCUAAAACAGUCAAAAAUAAAUAUGACAAGAUGCCGAUUGACAUUGUUUGUGAUAGAAAAGGCUCAGAGAAUCCACAACUGAUCCAAGAAAUUUGUACCCUACUUGAGGAUCACUACUACGUUCCGGUAAUGAGAUCAGAAGACAAUUCCAUGGCGCCGGCUGUUGGGGAUCUUUUUACCCCGGCGAGUCCUCCGCGGCUUGUUGUCGAUCCAAUUAGUCCGCGAUUUGAAGUAAAAGCUUUCGCGGGGCCUAUGACUAAGCCACAGGCUCUGGAGUUUAGGAAGAAGUGGAAAACCCCGCCGAGGACGUUAUUUGGUACACCGAAACGUGACACCUCGUUGAAUGAUUCAUUUCAGUUUUUAAAUGAUUCAGUGGUUGAAAAAUUGGAUUGUAGGCUUGUUGACUUUGAUAAAGGUCUGGAAAGAGUUGGAAGAGAUUUAGCUGAGGAGUAUCACGUACAGUGGAAAGAAUACUGGCCAUUUUUGAACGACUUCGUAAAUUUAAAAUCCGCCGAAGGUCUAGAUAAAUUAGAAAAUUAUUUAAGUAAACUACAGAGACACGAAAGACUUGAAACAGUAAAUUCAGUAGAAGAUAACCCGCAAAGGCCGAAAAUAAAAUCUAAGAGAAUUAAAAAUUUGUCUAAAGAUUUUAAAAAUGAUAAUUGUAUCGAAUCCACACCGGCUGAUAACGACGACACCGAUGAUAUCAAGCCAAUAGAUUUUUAUAACUCCCGAGAUAAUAAUUUGUUCGAUAAUUUUGAUAACAAUAAUUUACAUUUAAAAAAUAAAGUCAAUGAGUCUUACAAUAGUGAUAUUGACGCAUUGAUUAAAAAUAUGGAGUUACUGAUUCUUAAUUCACCGGAUAAAGUGAUCGAUGAUAAAUUUUAUACACCGCCAUCUUCACCAUUGCCAACUGAUAACAAUAAUUCGGAUUCUGAUUACUAUGAUGAUGAUGAUACUGAUAGCAGUUCGGAGGAUGAAAUGUAUGUCGCCUCAGAAGGACUUCCGGUAUUUAUAGAAGGUUCCGCGCCCAGUAAAACUGAUUUAUCUGUUUUCAAUGCGAUACCUCAGUCAAUUGACCCUGAAAUUCAUCCAUUAAUUUACCGAUGGAGGCACGAUUUGCAAUUAGCAGUCCGCAAAAAUGAUAUAAGUGUUGACUUCAGGACACCCAGAAAAAAAUUAUUUACGCCGAGCAAAUGAUGAAAAGUUUCAAAAUAUAAAUUAUCUUUUUUUUUAAAUAUAAAAUGAAUGAAAUUUUCUUCUAUCCAGCGAAUUUAUAUCUCUAGCAUAAACAAGUCUUCUCUAAUUACUUAAACUAAAAAAAAAAUUAUUUCCUUAUAUUCUCAAGAUGAAAAAAAUAUUAAUUAAUAAUUUAUCUACAAUUUUACUUAUUACUCAUAAUUACAUUAAUUUUUUUAAUACAGAGAUAUAAUUACGCCUCAAAUCUGUUCUUCCUUCAGCUUAAAAAAAAUCAAACAUAUAUUUAUAUUAA